CUUACCAAACACUUCCCUUCGGACGAAGCCCCUCUUUCUUCUUGCUUAAAAAAAACCGGGUUUCUGCUCCAGCAAAUCUGGAAGAAUACCCAGACGGAAACCAAAAUGGAAGCGGGGCUAGCCAACACGACCACGGGCGCUGCCAUUGAUCACAGAAACGAACGCUUCGUGGAUGAAGAAGACGAUGACAUACCAGCGCUAAGUGCUCACGCUCUAGCAGCACUCAAAGAGUUCCUUUCAGAACAGAAUCAACCGCUCACCGAACCGGAAUCUCCAGAAACGGGAGGAGAAGGAAAGGAGGUGGCAUUAAUUGCGGAGGAUUGGAGGCUAAGCCAAUUCUGGUACGAUUCAGAAACCGCAGAGACUAUCGCUCGGGAAAUCAUCUCUCUCUCUACGGACUUGGAUUCUCGCGUCGCUUGUAUCGCCUGCCCCACUCUCUACGCCUACCUCAAGAAAAUUAAUCCCGGUGUUUCCGUGCAACUUCUCGAGUAUGAUAAGCGAUUUGAGCAAUAUGGAAAUGAUUUCACUUUUUAUGAUUACAACCAGCCGGAAGAGUUGCCGUUGCAGCUCAAGCAUUCCUUCAAUGUCGUAGUUGCAGACCCUCCUUACCUGAGUAAAGAGUGUUUGGAAAAAGUGACUCAAACAGUUUCUUUCCUUGCACAGCCAGAAAAUUCUUACAUGCUUUUGCUCACAGGCGAGGUGCAGAAAGAUAGGGCUGCUGAGCUGUUGGGCUUGCGUCCUUGUGGGUUCAGGCCAAAACACUCCAGCAAACUAGGAAAUGAAUUUCGUCUGUUCACAAGCUAUGACCCUGAGACAAGACUAGGAGGGUGGGAAAGAUAAAAACAGAACUCAAGACUAAUCUAAACCUCUAAGAUGAUGCAAAUUAGGAUUGAAAUUAUAUGAUUGCUCCAACCCCCUGCAAGAGCUGGAUAAUAGGAUCAAAUUAGUGUCUAUACAAGUACUUGUUGCCCCCUACCAUCUGGCUAAUAGCAUGUAAUGUAGUUCUUGCAACAUCCGAACAACGAGUAUUUUUGCUUUAGUUUAUCUUGUUGAAAAGGGCAGCUUUUUUCGUCUUCAAGCCCUGAUGUUUCUAAUCAGAAUAUGAUACAUUUUUUUUUUUUAUCGGGUAUUUUUCUUCUUCACGACUCAAUACAGUAUUGUUCGAGUAAUUCCAUGUCUCUGGUGUCGACAUGACUUAA